AAGAUGUAUAUGUUAUUCAUUAACAAAUCCGAUAAAUGCCUUCACGAUUGCAAUGAGAUUGAAAACGGAGGUAACGAUGACUCGGAUCUCAUUCAGGACUACAAACGCGAAUCACGGCGUCUCUCCUAUCCGGCCAAAGACGGCAGCGCCUCAAAGAAGGCCAACGGACAGAACGGCAACCACCAGAAGGCCGGCAACGGUUCUCUGCCGGCAAAAUCCCGUCAAUUCAUGUUCACUCGUUCCGACUCCGAGUCUUCGCUGUCAUCGCUCGCCGACGACGACAAUGAAAACGAUUGGAAAGUUCUUUCCGUUUGUUUUUCUGGUAAACACACACUCAUUGGUCUGAUUAUUGUUUCGGGAAAACUGCUUGUUUUGACCGUCAAAUUGAGAAUUAAUUCACCAAUGAAUUCGCCAAACGCUUCGCGACACCAUUCCCUGGAAAAGCCCGAAUUGUAUUGUCUGAUUCCGCCAAUGAGUUCGGCCCGAUGUGCGGUCGGAACCGCUAUGUUUGACGGAAAGUUAUUUGUCUGCGGCGGAUAUGAUAGAGGAGAGUGUCUGAAGACGGUUGAGGUGUACGACGAGAACAAGAAUAGGUGGUAUAAAUUGAAUCCAAUGCUUGUCCCGAGAGGUCGAUUCGAUAUUACUGUAGUUAACGGCGAUGUGUACGCCAUCGGAGGCUGUGACGGACAGAAUGAACUGAAUUCGGCCGAAAUGUACGAAUCGAGUACUAAGGAGUGGAAAUACAUACCCAACUGUCCGGUCGUGCGUUCAAAUGCCGUCAUUGACACUCUUGUGGUGUUUUCGGUUCAACACUUGAGAAUUCGAUAUACAAUACUUAAGAAUAUAAUGAUAUGUUUCCGUUUGUUCUAUGAUUUCAGGUUAAAUAAUGGACUUAAGAGUCUUGACGGACAGGUCUAUGUAAUUGGCGGCUGGAAUGGCCAAAGAGGUCUCACCAGAUGUGACGUCUAUAACCCGAAGACACAACAAUGGAUUGAAAUCAAACCACUCAUUACGGGUCGUUAUCAAACGGGUGUCGCUGUUCUCGACCAUAGCAUCUACGCUGUCGGCGGUUGCGAUUCGUGGACGUGUCUGAACAGCGCUGAAGUCUACACAAGCAAUGGAUGGCAAUCGAUCGCACCCUUACACACAGCCCGACGGGGUUGUGGUGUCAUCGCAUUCAAUGGCAAAAUCUACGCCAUCGGUGGUCACGACGGCGUUCACGCCCUCUGCUCUGUGGAAGUGUAUGACCCGACCACCGAUCAGUGGGCUUCGGGACCACCGCUCACCAGCUGUAGGGCUAAUGUUGGCGUCACUGUCGUUGAUAAACGACUUUACGCUGUCGGUGGUUUUAAUGGCAAAAUAUUCCUCAACACCAUUGAAUUCUUGGAUUUGGAGACCAACGAGUGGACCACUUCCGUUUCCAAGUGUGACAUCACUGUUGAGUCACCUAAUGGUGUGGCGAACGGCGGCCAUAAACCACACGAUCACAACCACAACAAUGGCAAAGAGUACAACAAUAACGAGAUAAAUGGCAAACAUAGUAAUGGUUGCGUUGCCGGAGAUAUCGACGGAUAUAACUAUACGUUUCACUCGUCAUCCAAGACGAAGGCGUCGUUGAAUGCGAGCGAACCCUUACUGGAAGUGGAAGAGACGACGGCUGGCCAUUGAGAGGCCAACCGUUGGGCAGAGGAACCCAUUUUAUUUGCACUUUUAUCUCUCUAUUUGUGUCGUUUGUAUUUCGGAUUCAAAAAAUAAAAAUUUAUACUUUUACUGCA